ACGUCCUUCUCCCCUCUUACUUCAAUAUUCGCAUUUUUUCCGCAAGGCCCCAAACUCUAGGGUUUUCUUCUACCCCAAAUUACUUCACCUCUGCUCUGGUAAGCCCUUCUUCUCUCCCGCCCUAGAGCCUGCGUUCUCCAUCUUCUCUCAAAUAUACAUUUCUGCGCUUUACUGAAGUGAUUUCUGAUGCCGAGAAAAAAGCUUAUUCUGAUAUGCCAGUUUGGUGGUGAAUUUGUUACAAGUGAUGAUGGGUAUAUUUCAUACACUGGUGGAGAAGCACAUGCUCUAGAUAUCAAUCAUAAAACUGUGUUUGAUGAUCUCAGGCUAGAAAUUGCCAAAAAGUGCAACUUAGAAUAUGAAUCAUUGUCCAUGAAAUACUUCCUCCCAGGAAAUAGGAAAACUCUAAUUACUUUAGCAAAUGACAAAGAUGUAAAAAGGAUGUAUGAUUUUCAUGGGGAUUCAGUAACCGCAGAUGUUUUUGUUAUGGGCAGAGAAGGUUUUAAUCAUGAAGACUUGCCCAAGCGUGCUUUUAAUCAUGAAGACUUGCCCAAGCGUGCUGGCAGACCACGUGGGACAAAACGAGCCAAGACUGUGCCUGCUGAAGCAUCUCAAGAUGCAGCUGGUACACCUUCUGUUGCCCAUGUUGAUGAUGCAACUGCUCCCAUCUCUCCUGUACUUGAUAUGAAUGCUACCCCAGCUGAUACUGUUAAGAAGCGGAGGCGUACUGUGUCCAGGAAAGUUGGUGCCAGUGAUCCUGCCACUGACAAGGUUAAUGAGGCAAGAAAAAGUACAUCAAGGAAGAAAAAUUCUCAUAAUUAUGGCACUGUUGCCAUAAUUGAUGAAGUAGAGCAGGCAGCAAAGCAAUCAGAUGUUCCAUGGGUAGACAUUUCUCUUUAUUCAUCUACUGAUAUGAACUCUAAUGAUGUUUCUCUAGAAGAAAUGAUUGCCGCUUGGAAAGAUGGAAUAAUUGGCGUUGGCCAAGAAUUCAAGAAUGUAGCUGAAUUUCGUGAUGCACUGCAAAAAUAUGCCAUUGCACAUCGUUUUGUGUACAGGUUAAAAAAGAAUGACACCAAUCGAGCAAGUGGCAUAUGUGUGGCUGAAGGUUGCUCUUGGUCAAUUCAUGCAUCUUGGGUUCCAUCUGAUCAAGUCUUUAGGAUAAAAAAGAUGAAUAAAGCACAUACAUGUGAAGGGGAAUCAUGGAAGGCUGCUCAUCCAGCAAAAAGUUGGCUGGUCAGUGUUAUAAAGGACAGGCUAAGAGAUAGCCCACAUCACAAACCUAAAGACAUUGCUAAAUCUGUUUUGCAAGAUUUUGGGAUUGAACUGAGCUACACACAAGUGCGACGUGGACUUGAAGAAGCAAGAAAGCAACUUCAGGGUUCCCAUAAAGAGGCUUAUAGCCAGUUGCCUUGGUUCUGUGAUAAGAUGGUAGAGGCAAAUCCAGGUAGUUUUGUGAAGCUUUUCAUUGAUGAUGACAGCAAAUUUCAACGCCUUUUUGUUUCAUUUCAUGCCGCAAUACAUGGUUUCAAGAAUGGUUGUCGCCCACUUCUAUUUCUUGAUUCUACAAAUCUCAAAUCAAAAUUCCAUGAGGUUUUGCUGACAGCUACAGCGUUAGAUGGGGAUGAUGGUGCUUUUCCGGUUGCAUUUGCUGUAGUAGAUAUUGAGAAUGAUAAUAACUGGCAUUGGUUUUUGGAGCAGUUGAAAUCGGCAAUUUCUACUUCACAAUCCCUAACUUUUGUUUCUGAUAAAGAGAAGGGACUAACGAAAUCUGUGCUUCAAGUAUUUGAGAAUGCUCACCAUGGUUACUCUAUAUACCCCCUGCUGGAUGAAUUCAUGAGAAAUUUGAGAGGGCCAUUCCAUGGAGAUGGGAUGGCUGCUUUGCCUGCUAGUUUUUUGGCUGCUGCACAUACAGUCCGACUUGAUAAUUUCAGAAUGUUCACUGAGAAAAUUAAACAGGUUUCUCCAAAAGCAUACAAUUGGCUUAUGCAGAUUGAGAAAGAAUGUUGGACAAAUGCAUUUUUCAAGGGCGAGCUUUAUAAUCAAAUUACAGUGAAUAUUGCGGAGUUGUACAGUAAUUGGAUUGAAGAAUUGUGGGAGCUUCCUGUAACCCAGAAGGUAGAAUCACUUGGAUGCAAAAUGAUGGAGUUGAUGCACAAACGUGAGAUGGAUUCAAAUGGAUGGACUACAAAGCUUACUCCAUCCAAGGAGAAAAAACUGCAGGAGGAAACUCUGGAUUCACUAGCUUUCAAAGUAUUGUUUUCAUCUGAUACCGUAUUUGAGGUUCAUGGCGACUCAAUUUAUGUUGUGGAUAUUGUCAAAAGGGACUGUAGUUGUAUGACAUGGGAAUUGACUGGAUUACCUUGUCGCCAUGCCAUUGCUGUCUUCAGUCGCAUUGGAAAGAGUGUAUAUGAUUAUUGUUCGAAACACUACACAGUUGAUAGCUUCCGUUCGACAUAUUCCAAGUCCAUAAAUCCAGUUUUGGACAUUUUUAAGCCUUUGGAUGAAGAAGAUGCCUCGGAGGUAAAGCAGGUGCUUCCUCCGACUACACCUCGGCCGCCAACCCAACUAAAGGAAAAACAAAUUAGAAGAAUGGAUGAACUUAAAAGAGUAAUGACUUGCUCCAGGUGCAAGGGACAAGGGCAUAAUAAGAUCACCUGCAAGGAACCUUUGUAGUUCUUUCUGGGAAGUUUAAGCUCUCGACGAGCUUUCGCUAACGUUAUAGGUCUGUACUUAUGCAUGUGUGUCGCUGUACAGUUUUCUAUUCCUUUGCAAAGGUAAUGUAGUUCUUGAUGACAUUAAUUUUGAAGUAAUCUGCAAUGAGCAUCAAGAAUUACACAGUGCUUUA